CAAAAGCGUAUGAGUUUAAUGUCUAAUUUAAAAAAAAUUUGCCAAUAAUUUUAGAUUCAAAAUUUAAGAUUUAUUAAAGAUGUACAUAAGAAAAUGGUUAUGGACCUAGAGCACAUCUGCCGUGAUGCAGCAUCUAGUUCAUCAAGUUCAACCAAUAUAUUCUGCAACAUAAAAAAUCGAUGUAGCCCUUGCCGCUGUUAUCGCUGUUGCACGUCUUCAUUUUUGAAUGAUCAUACCUAUUCUUUGUUGAAAAGGAUCUGCCAUAAGAUAAUAAAAAGCCAUAGCCGUCAACAGUGUCGGGAAAAUUAUUCAGUCUUUGAUGGAGGUAAUAGUACAAAUCUACGAGCACGCAUCGAUCAGCGAGGUUCGUUGAAGGAUUUGGGUUGGCAGAAGAGACGUAGCGAAGGAAAAAUUAGGAAGGAUUGUCGGCGAGAAGGAACUGAUGAGAGGAAAUUAAAACCCACCAUUGAUUUAGGCCCCUUAAAUAAAUCAUUAAGAGAUAAGGGUAUUAAUGAAGAGGAAUUUAGGGCCCUAAAGAUUUCAAAGAAAGGAUCGAAUAAAAAAAAACAGCUAUCUGCCAAAGGGAAAAGUGAAGAUCGAACCGAAAAUAGUGACAAGCCCAGUCAAGAUACAGAUGCAAGUAUUAUAUCCAAAAAAUCACGAAAAGAGAAAGGCCGAAAAGAUAAGGAAAAUGGCAAUACCGAUAAAGAUGACUCCAAAAAAUCUGUGAAAGAAGAAAAUGAGGGCGAACACAUUAAAGGCAACAAAGAUAAGCGUACAAAUGGAAAAACGAAAUCUCAGAACAAUAAGAGCCGAGGUGCAAAAGAUAAAGGCGACACUGACAAUAAAGAUACAGAUAUAACUGAAUCUGGAAAAUCCCGGAAAGAUAAGCGGGGUAAAGAUGACGAUAAGGAAAGUGGUAAUAUAGAUGGAGAUGAGGCCAAAAUAUCCCGGAAACAAACAGGUAAAAAUGAAUCCAGGAAAUCCGAUAAAGACAACAGGAUAGGUAAUAAAGAUAAUGACGAUAGCACUGAAUCGAGAAAGUCCAGAAAAGAUAAAGAUUCUAAAAAGGGAAAAGCUCAUAUUAACGACGACGAUAAUAAUCAGUCUGCUAGUAACUCAAAGAAAGACCAAGGUGAGAAAGAUCGGAGCAGUUACAGCAAGGACGUAAAAUCGAAGUCAAAGAAGGGGGAGUACAAGCUCGAUGACGAAGUUGAUAAUAAUGAGACUGGCGGCAAGAAAAUGAAAAAUGAAAAAUCUAAAGGGAAACCCCUUGGAAAAGGGGCUGAAGAUUCGAAAUCUAAAAAGGACACCUCUGAGGAUAUCGAAGAAAAAUCUAUCGACAAAAAUGUAAUUAAUAGCAUAGUUGACAAAGGUGGCUCUAAGAAAAAAGACGGCUCUUAUAGCGGAGAUGAUGCAAAAAAAUUAAAUAAGAGUAAAUCAGAUGGACUAAAUGAAUCAAGUGCAGGGAGAGAGUCAGUUUUAAAAAGAAAGGGUGUAGGUAGUGACAGAAAGAAACAUGGAGGAUCCACUCCUAAUAUCAGCAAUUUUCAUAAAAAGAAGAAAAGGCGCUCUUCCAGACAAAGUGCCUUUAGUACAAAGGUUGAAAGCAAGUCCGGGGUACGGUUUGGUAUCAAGGGGUCGAAAAACAUUCAGAUGGACGGGCCCUCAAGUAGAUCUGAGUUAUACAUGCAGAGUUUUCUCAGGCCUAGUCGCUGCGAUGAAGUUCGGCCGUGUGAUAUCCUUCGUACCCAACUGGAGCAACGAGAUCUUUCCAGAUUCUUUCAUUGCUGUCCACGAAACAACUGUAGGAUGUGCUCUCCAUGUUGUCUCAAUGCUGUGACUGGCACACCUUGUUGCGGAAAUUUUGGAACAUAAUAUAUACAUGUAUACUUUAAUGCUAAAAUGAGAAUAAAUAUUUAAAAUUAUUGAGUUACCAAAA